AUAGCCAUUUCAAAUUAACUACAUGUAAGCGCAUUGGAAAUUUGUCAAAAUGUAGGAAGCAAUGAAAAGUUAUCAGAAAGGAUGAAGUUAUAUAUGCAUGUGAAUUGUCUAAGUGACGGGAAAUAACCAUUACGUUUAUCAAACGAACUUUCAUACUCGUUUCCGGUUAAACGCUCGUAUUCGCAUUUUAAAACGACGGCUGAAGACAAUGUUAGUCGUGGAAUAUCCGGUUUCGCUCAUUGUAGAAGGGAGGCGGCCAGCAUCCUGCGCCCCGGUGCACAACGACACCCGGAAAUGGCUAAGAACGGCAUCUGCAGCUCCUUCUGUGGGUGGUCAGCGGACGCGGACCGCCGGUGCCACAUCUCCGACUAAACAAAGGUCAAGAUCGGCUUGGAUGAAACAUCGUAGAGAGAUGACAAGAUCCGCUCCACCGGAGCGGUCUUCUGGCGCUCAUAACACAUCCGUCCCUGGGCGCAAUGCAUCGCGACAGCGUCGACAUCCACCGUCAACGAUGCCUUCAAUUAGUAUCGAAGACAUUUACCGCACAGCAGAGCGGGAACGCCUGAACUACAGUUCAUGUAGCAGACGACAGAAUCUCGCUCAUGCGCAGAGUCAGACGCAGUUCUUUCGACACGAGCAAAGUGCGUUUAUGUCACGUCCAAACACAAGUGUCAGUAGGGAGCCAAACAGCGGCCGACGGGAUGCGACCACGCCCAUGAGCGCCUGGAGCGAGCCAAUCAUUUCAAGGCCAAGUUCUAUAAUUCCUCAUCCGGAUCUACACGGUUUGUUAGAAAACGGUGAAGAUUCGGACGACGAAGACAUCAUGGCCCACCACGGAACUCCACUGAGCGUGUCUAUAUCGCCCGUCACCCGGGACUGCUGUGAAAUCAUUGGUCCACAGCUGUGUUAUGAGUGCCGUAAAAACCGGAUACGCGAGGUGAGCCGUCAGCGUUCAGAUAUCUAUUUUCCAGUGCUAGAGCCAACCGAAGAUCACGUGACUACUGCCGCCAUCUGCCGGAAGUACCUUCCGGAGCUUUCGGAACCGGAAAUAGAAACCAAGAUCGCCCGCGGGGAGAUAGCGCGCCCGUCUAUGUUCCGAAAGCAAGCGAAACAGUUGGAGUUUUCUGAUGAGGAAGUGGACGCAAAGCCUAAGUUUACGAAUAAAAAGGUAACGAUUGUUGACCAUAAUAGUGUCAGGAGUAAAUCCCAGACGGAUUUAACCCGAAGGCAGCCGAAUGAGCUAUUUUUCACAAACAUACGUGACUUGAAUAAUAAAAUUGUGAAAGGAAAUGUGGAACGCAAUGUCGGCUUCUCUAACGCAGUUAAGCAAGUAAUAAAGACUACUAGGACUCAACAUGCUGUUAAAAAUAUGUACCCUGCGUUUGUAAGUCCAAGAAAAGUUGUACUAUUAAAAGAAACGAAUUACAAAACAUUCUUUGACCCUCCAUUAAUCGCGAAAGAAAAACAAUCCUCUGAGCCAUCAUUUUUCGCUGGAUCGAGCGGGGAGUACAAGCUUCCGGACAAACUUCCCGACGACCUCGUAUUUGUGGAUAAAGACGGAAAUGAGGUAUCCGCGAGUAGCGCCGCCGGACUCACCAACCGGCUCGCCAUGGUCGAUGAGGUGCCGACUGCAAAAGUCGAACGCGUCACCAUUGCGCCUGCGGGAGUCGGUGACUUGGGAUGUCUUGAAGAAGGCGAAGAGGAGGAGGAGGAGGCGCCCCUUCAAUCCGACACCGACGAAACUGUAAAGGUUUCUGAAACAUCUGAAAGCAUUGGCGACCCGAGUGACACGAUUUCAAGCUAACAAAUAAGAACAUUUUAUAAGCUGAACAAGGAGUCUGAACAUGAACACAUGCUAGUGAACAAGUUAAAUAUGACAUAAUUAAUAUCUUUUGAAUUGAUGAAUCGUCGGAUAUCCAGCCAUAAAAGUGAAUAGAUGACAUGCGAAUAUAAAACAAAUAAUCGUGUACAUUUUUAUGACAAAAAAUUAUUCGUUUCUUCAACAAUGCUCAACCCAAUUAAUUAGCAGGAUAGCCAAGGGAGACCACUGUGAUAAAGCGUACAAACUCGCGCCAAAAUUAAUUCAAUUGUGCAUUGCGUUUAUUAUUAUUAUUUUAUGAUUAUGGUUCAGUUUCCUUUUAUACAAAGUGUUAUUAAUGUCCAUGGGGCACUCAUAGUGUCUAAGGUUCUUUGUUGAAUAUUAAACGAUGUGAUGAAGUUUUUUUAAAUAUUUUAUUGCUUGACAUUAAAAAACAUUUUCAUUAUUUUUCUUUAAGAAAUUUUAAAUCUUUAUUAUUCUGUUCGGAUGUUGAUGCAUGCUAUGUGCGGAAUGUGUUGUUGUAGUAAAGUAAAAUCAG